CAAAAAUGGAUGAUAUGCUUCAGAAAAUGCAACACUACGAAAGCCAGCAUCAAAAAAAGAAGGAGAUGCGGAAUACCCUUCUGAAAGUCCCAAAAUCUAAAGGCUCUGGCGUGAAUAGAAGGAUGGUACAGAACUUGCUAAGCAAAGACAAUAAUGUCUCAAUCGCUGAUAAAUUGAAUAUGAUGAGAGCUUAUGAUGAUAUGCGUAAGAGCAACAAUAAUGAGCUUGAUCAAGCUAUUCAAAGCCUUACUAAUAAUGCCAAGCCAGCUGCUAGCAUGUUCAACAAUAAGCACUACAGAGGCAAACGUCAUAUUAUUAAAAUUAGUGAUAAAAAGAGAUACAAACCUCCUGUACCAAAAGGAGGGAGUUCUUCUGUAUUCAACAAAAUUACAAUCUUGAAAAAGAAAACACCAAAACAAUUUCUUCUUCCUAACGUUCAGGAUUUAAUUUCAAGAAAUUCGAAUACUUCCAGCUCAAGCAAGAAUUCCUUGAACCCAAGCAUUGCAAGUCUUCCCAAAACUGGUGAUUUCUCUGACGAAGUAUCCAAUGAGCUAAGAAGGUUGAAGAUGGGCUAUAAAUAAGCCAUCUGCGUUUGGGAAAUAUAAGACUAGUGAAAUACACUCAUUAGAUCCUUCACCAACAUCGAGUUCAAAAUGACAGUCAAGUCUCCCAGAUCCAGAUGAAAAGGGCAAGGCUAUUCCUUCGUGGCUAAGAAUCAAACAGAAGGGAUUCAAGGGUACUAGCCUUGAUAAAUCCUCAUGGAUUAGGGCAGAUAGUCUGUUUAAGGAAGCUAUUAAUGAUAAGCGCCAAAUGACACCUUAUAAGAAAAACAUUAGAAGACGAAUUAAGAGAGCGAUGAUCCAUCGAUCGACCAAUUCCUUGGAUGUUGGAAUAAAACCCAAAAAAUUGCCCUUUUGAAGGAAUCAUAAAACUCCUUCAAAGGAAAGAAUUCUAACACAGAAGGUGACAAUGAAAAGUAUGGAUGCCUCUCCAUCAAAAUCUCGGUUUCCAAGCAUCACCAGUUUACAAAAAUACAGCUAAUUAUUUACAAUUUCUAUAUCUUGAGCCAUCAAA